AUGUUCCUGCAUGCCAUUGCCGUCGUCUUCCCUCCUCACAAUACUGACUUGAGCCAAGCGAACAGGGCCGAAGUCCGACCGGUGCCGGUCCAAGGCGAUGGCGGUGGUGGCGGCCACGGGCGGGGUCGACUCCGUGGCGCUCGACUCGUGGGCGAGGGCAUCGACCCCGUGAAGCUCACCUGUGCGCUGCGCAAGAAGGUGGGGGCCGCGGACCUGCUGCAGGUCGGCGAGGCCAACCCGCCGGCCGCCGUGCCCUCAGUCCCGCCGCCGCAGCCGGUCACCAAUAUCGUCCACUACCACCCUGCCGGCUACUCGUGGCAGUGGCACGGCAACUAG